AUGUCUUACCUUUUCGGCGGUGGAGCAAAGCAGGACACGGGCGCGGUCGACCCGGUCAAGAUGGAGAUGGCCGUAGCAGAGCUGGAUAUGAUCACUGAUGUCUUCAACCGCCUCGUCACCUCAUGCCACCAAAAAUGCAUCCAGCCCAACCCCCAAUCACACCGAUACGCAGAGGGCGAGCUCCUCAAGGGCGAAGCAGUCUGCAUCGACCGGUGUAGCGCGAAAUUCUUCGAGGUGAACAAGGUGGUCGGGGAGAGGAUGCAGGCGAUGGGCGGGACGGCACAGGCUACGGGAGGGUUUGGUGGGCGGUAG